CUGCCCUGGAGCUGGGACUGCACAGAUCAUCAGCCCGGCGUGAGACAGGGAUUUGAAUCCAGCUGAGCUCCCUGCUAGAUUGGCAGAUGCAAAAUAAAGUGGGGACAUACAGGCAUGGCUAACUGCAGCUGCAGUUCUCAUCAUUCAGAGUGGAUUAUUUCUUUGUUUCCUGAAGAUCUGCUACACUAGAGCCUCUGCAGUAUUUCUUACAGCUUAAGAGCAGCCUUCUCUAAAACACCGAAACGGGUUUUCACUACAGAAAUAUGGGAUGUAUAAAGUCAAAAAGGAAAGAGAAUCUGCAUGGAGAUGGGCUAGAUUUGAAGAAUCAAUCAGUACGUAAAACUGAACGAACUAUUUAUGUGAGGGAUCCAACGUCCAAUAAACAGCAAAGGCCAGCAAAUACAGAUGCACACCUUCUGCCAGGACAGAUAUUUGCCAAUGAAGAACCAGAAGAGCAUGGACUCAUUGUAGUAGCUCUGUAUCCUUAUGAUGGCCUUCAUGAAGAUGACUUGUCCUUCAAAAAAGGAGAAAAAUUGAAAGUUAUUGAAGAGCUGGGAGACUGGUGGAAAGCUAAAUCUCUUACAACAAAGAAAGAAGGUUUCAUUCCCAGCAAUUACGUAGCAAAAGUAAACACCUUGGAAACAGAAGAGUGGUUCUUCAAAGACAUAACUCGAAAAGAUGCUGAAAGGCAACUCCUGGCUCCUGGAAAUGGCCCUGGAGCAUUCCUUAUCAGAGAAAGUGAAACGUUAAAAGGCAGCUAUUCUCUGUCCAUAAGAGACUAUGAUCCCCAACAUGGUGAUGUCAUUAAGCACUACAAAAUUAGGAGUCUAGACAAUGGAGGAUUUUACAUCUCUCCAAGAAUAACUUUUCCCAGCAUCAAUGAUAUGAUCAAGCAUUAUCAAAAACAAUCAGAUGGCUUAUGCAGAAAACUGGAAAAAGCUUGUAUUAGUCCAAAGCCUCAAAAACCGUGGGAUAAAGAUGCAUGGGAAAUUCCACGAGAAUCAAUUAAAUUAGUGAAAAAGCUCGGAGCUGGUCAGUUUGGAGAAGUCUGGAUGGGUUACUAUCAUAAUAGUACGAAAGUGGCUGUGAAGACUCUGAAGCCUGGAACGAUGUCUGUGCAAGCCUUUCUGGAGGAAGCCAACCUCAUGAAGACGCUUCAGCAUGAUAAGUUAGUUAGGCUUUAUGCUGUAGUGACCAAAGAAGAACCUAUUUAUAUAAUAACAGAAUUCAUGGCAAAAGGAAGCCUGCUGGAUUUUCUGAAGAGUGAUGAAGGAAGUAAAUUGAUGCUUCCAAAGCUAAUUGACUUCUCUGCACAGAUUGCAGAAGGGAUGGCAUACAUAGAAAGAAAAAAUUACAUCCAUCGAGACUUGAGAGCAGCUAAUGUUCUGGUUUCAGACUUACUGAUGUGCAAAAUUGCUGAUUUUGGACUAGCUAGAGUCAUUGAAGACAACGAAUAUACCGCAAGAGAAGGUGCAAAGUUCCCUAUUAAGUGGACAGCACCAGAAGCGAUUAACUAUGGAUCUUUCACUAUUAAGUCUGAUGUAUGGUCAUUUGGGAUUCUCCUGUAUGAAAUAGUUACUUAUGGAAAGAUUCCGUAUCCAGGUAUGAGCAAUUCAGAUGUGAUGGUCGCUCUUCAGCGUGGGUACAGAAUGCCACGAAUGGAAACCUGUCCGGCUGAGCUUUAUGAUAUCAUGAAAAACUGCUGGAAAGACAAAGCAGAGGAAAGGCCAACAUUUGAUUACCUACAGAGUGUACUUGAUGAUUUCUACACAGCAACAGAAGGGCAAUAUCAACAGCAGCCAUAGAAAAAAAGACCGCUUUUUUCCUAUUGACAUGGAUCAUUGGCACAGACUAUUACUUGGAGAGACUGCUGUAACCAAUUACUUUGAGUUUGGACAUCUUAACCGAGUGUGGAAGCUGGAGUGCUGAAGGAAAGAGUAAUUCUGAGCAAAAUAAUCUUUUUUUUUUUUU